AUGUUUGUUCGCACCGGCGUGUGCACACUUCUCGCCGCCGCGCUCGUCGGCAUCUGUGUCGCGCAGAGUGAAGACGCCUUAGGGUCGACAUUCCCGAACACGACGGUCGUGACGGAAGUCCAUAGUAGAACUCCUAGAGAACUCGAAAGCAACAAAGGGGGAGACAGACUCGCACACCAGCACUCGGCUUUUGCACAUUCUUUUUCCGGACCCGAAACAUGUCCGUUCCGCCCACCUGUCCUAGAUGUCUUCUCCGACUUCGCUGAGGCAGGUACGACACAAACGAACCGUGGCGUCGGCCACAAUGGAAGAAGACCCCGCGAGGGACGAGUUAUCUCCUCGGGAGCACGCGGGCGAUCUCCUGGCAGUGCUCCCGACUCUCGAACAGUUACAGAAAGAGAAUCAAAGCUUACGGGAGCAAGUCGAGAGUCGGGCGGCGAUGUUCCGAACUCCGGAGCGGUCCCCAUCACAGAGAGUCCGUUUGAUGCAAUUCCGCAUUUCUUAACUCCAGAGCGGUGGGCUCGCAUGACGGACAUUUACGGUUUUGGCCCGCUGAAGCCGCACUGUGAGCUUUGUCGCUUCUCCGAGCACUUUUGCACGAGAGACUGGGACUGCAGAGAGUUCUGUGGAGAAGACUGCAGAGGUCUCGGGAAGAACCUAACGGACGAGUUGAAGUGUCGGUGGUGUGGCGCAGAAGCCGCCCGCUGCGUCGUCUGGAGCGGCUGCCACCAGGGAUGUCCGCAACAGUGUGGACCUGUUUUGGAAAAUCGGAAGAAGUUCUUCGAAACUGGAGUCGACGAAAUGGCCGAGCAGGAGCGGAAACGCAAGCUACGCAGACGCCUGCAGCUGUUUCGGGAGGGACACUUGCGAGGCACGGAGGCGGAGGAACUCGUCAGAAAGCAGCUGCAGUCCAGCAGGCCUGAGGACAAACAGCUGCAAGAGGUCGAGCGGGAAGAGCGAGACGAGAAAGAAGCGGAUCGCCUGCGACAGGCAAGAGAAACUUGCCGCAUGAGAGGCAUCGUUUCCAUUCUCGCGCAAGGCGAGCAGCGGGCAGCCGAAGCAGCAGAACGCGCAGAAGAAAUAGAGCACCUGGACUUGGAAGAAAACUCAGAGGACGAACCACCUUGGGACUGA